GAGAGAGCAGAUCAGGGUGAGGAAAUCCCUUUUGGGUUAAAAACGCCUCUUCUCAGCACUCUGCUCUCCUGACCUCCAACUGCACACCCCGGCUCCUCCCUAAACACCCAAAUCCUGCGUUUCCCUGCUCCUGCAUCUCAUUACCUGCUCCUUUGGGUGUCGCUGGCGCAGCAGGGGAAGAUCCGGGCUUCGUUCCUGAGGGUCGAGGAGUCCGAGCUGAGCGUUUCCCCUCUCCUCGUUCCUCCCCAGGCUGUGCUGAGCCGCCAUGUCCACCAAGGUGCCCAUCUACCUGAAGAGGGGCAGCCGCAAGGGCAAGAAGGAGAAGCUCCGGGACAUCCUCUCCUCGGACAUGAUCAGCCCUCCGCUGGGCGAUUUCCGCCACACCAUCCACGUGGGCAGCGGCGGUGAGAGCGACACGUUCGGGGACAUCUCCUUCCUGCAGGGCAAGUUCCACCUGCUGCCCCGCGGCGGCGAGCGCGGCGAGGCGGCGGCGCCGUUCGAGUUCUCGCGCACGGCCACCAUCGGCGGCGGCGAGGCGGCCGCGCCGUCGCCGCUGCUCAAGAACGCGAUUUCUCUGCCGGUGCUCGGCGCCGCUCAGGCUCUGACGCUGCCCGCGGCGCAGGCUCCGCCGAAACCGCCGCGGCUGCACCUGGACGAGGCCGCGGCGUCACCGGCGUCACCAUCAUCACCACCAUCGCCGUGUCCCCGGCUGGCCGCCAACGGCGAGGCCGAGCCCUUCCUGUCGCACGCCGGCUCGCUGCUGUCCCUGCACGUGGACCUGGGGCCGUCCAUCCUGGAGGACGUGCUGCAGGUCAUGGACAGGCACCAGGCCGAGCGCGGCGCCGCCGCCCGGCCCGAGAUCCUGACGUGAUCCACGGGAAACGGACGGUGAGGGUUCAGCCUCGGGGGAGAAGCAGAGUGACCCCCACGAGCUCUCCUCAGUGACCUCCUCCUGAGCAUGGGAAACGCGACCCCGCGUCCGUCGGACCGAAAGUCAUCCCCCAAACUUUGGGGAUGAAUUCCCAAAGAUUCCGGCCAGGAGGAUUCGGGGGGUACAGCGGGGUUUGUUCUCCACGGCUCUGAACCUCCUGAACUGUCACCUCAACUUCAGCUCCGUGAAAUCCUUCGAAAAAUCCCACGGGUGGGGAAAUCGCCGCCCUUUGGAGAAGCCAAAACUCCCCGUGGAGGAGCUGGGAUGUCCCAAGGGGGCUCUUGUUUUAGGAACUCAAUCCAUGGAGGGGCCAAAAAACCCCUCUGGGGUGAACUGGAGCGACUGGGAAUCGUCGAGGACAAGCAAAAAUAACCAAAAAUCCCAACGUGAGCUGCAGGAAUCGAGGGGUCCAUCGUGGGUUCUUUGGGUGGAGCGGGAGCAGGGAAUGCCGAGGGGAAUCCAGCUGGAUUUUGGGGAACAAGGACACAAACCCCGCUGGAAACGCUGCUGGUGCCCCAGCGGGGCAGGGUGGGACCAGCGGGGCCUCCUUGUCCAGGCUCCUGCCACAGAUUCCAUCCUUUCACCGAUUUCUGGCAGUUUGAGCCCAAAACGAGGCCGGGAUCCCCCCCAGGGCGGAGCCGCGGCCCCCGCUGACCCCGCUGGUGCUGUUCCUCAUUGCCUAACGAGUCUGAUUUAGAUUAUCUGACUAAUGACUCAUUAGAUUCUCGUUAACGAACCCUUGUCCCGCCUCUUCCUUCCCCUCCCCCUCUGCGUCGCUAAACCCAAACCGCUUUUGGUGCAAACACCCAGAAUUUGGGGAUAAACCCAUAAAAUAAGUCACAAACUGAGGUUAAUUAGGCUCAGUCAGGUUUCAUUUCUAUUUGGUCCCACUCUUCCCUGCUCUAAACUCUUUUCUCCCCCCACUUUCUGUCCACGUUUUAUUUAUUUGGGGAUUUUUCCUCCCCAAACCAAUUCCAGCCGUUCCAGAGCCUCCUCGUUUGUGAUUAAUUAACCCCAGGGAUGUUUGUGAUUAAUUAAGGCCAGAGAUUGGGAUGGAAACGUGGCUCUGUGUCCCCUCCUGUCCCACAAACAACGUGAAGGGAAACGGGCCCAGAACGGCUCAUUUUGGGCGGGUUUCUGCGCUUUGGGGGCUUUCCAACAUGGGCUGGGUUGGGACAACGUGGAUGGACUUUUUUUUCCUGGAUUUCACCCCAGUUUUCCUGGGUUCCACCUUAAUCAGUGAUUUAAAGAUGGAGCUGUUUGUGCCCCACCUCAGCCCAGGAACUGCGAAAUCGUCGCUGCCAAAGCUGUUUCAAAAUAACCAAAAUCAGCCAAAAUUCCCCCUUUUUCCCAUUUCGUCCCUUUUCUCCCCCAGUUUUUUCCCUUCCACAACUCAGGGCUGAAUUCUGGGGUGUUCCAGCUUUAAUUUGGGACCUUGUUCACUCCUUUCUGUUCUCCCCCCACUUAUCCCCCUGUGCUCCAGUCCUGGAAAAGCUCCUUUAAUUUGCCAAAUUUGGGGGUUUUUAACCAGGAAAAGCUGAUUUUACUUUUCUCACUCCUCCUUCCCCUCUUCCCUACUAUAAACCCCUGAAAUUAUCCCCAAAAUUACUGUUAUUAUCCCUGAAAUUAUCCCAAAUAUCACUUCAUCCCUGAAAUGUUUUUUUCCCCAAUCUCAUCUCCUGCCAAAAAAAAAAAAACAAACCAAAACCAAAUUCCUUAAUUAAUUUUCCAAUUAAUGAAUAAAUCACUUGGGAUCCCUUUCCACAGGACUGGAGCCUCCU